GAGAGAGAGAGACAGAGAGAGAGAGAAAAAAGAGAGAGAUACAGAGAAAGGUGGAAAGAGGGCAGAGAGAGACAGAGAAAGAAGAUAGAAAGAGAGAGAGACAAAAAGAGAGAGGGAGAAAGAGAAGAGAGAGAAAGCUACAUAGUGAGAGACACACAAAAAGAGCAGAAAUUGAGAGAGAGAGAAGUGGGGGUAGAGAUAUCAGUGGCUGUGACAAGCUACUUAACCUUGAGCUAGGAUUGUUAUAAACAGUGAGUUGGGUGACCUAGGAAUAGUCCCAUUUCUGUCAGCAACAGCAGCAGCAGCAGCACCUGGGGUGAUGUUUACCAGGGGAAUUUCACAACACUCAGCUCUGGCUAAGUGCCGUCAUUACCUCCUUGGUUCACCAAGACAAGAUGGUUGGACGUCUAAUGUUCGGAGAGUUCAGCUGCCAGCUAGAGGUAGUGACCCGGCCACUUUCCCUCUCCGGGAUCGGAGACCCCGGCCCUUCAAUGAGAUGCCCUUAAAUGGAGCCAAUGGUUGGAUGAAUCUGCUCCAUUUCUGGAUGGAGAAUGGGAUGCGGAACCUGCAUAUCCGAACCUUGCAGGGCUUCCAACAGUUAGGACCAAUUUACCGGGAGAAACUUGGCAAUACGGAAUCUGUUUUUAUCAUCAACCCAGAUGAUGCUGCCUGCCUCUUUAAAGCAGAAGGACCCUAUCCAGAAAGAUAUUGUGUCCCACCAUGGGUGGCUUAUCACACCUACAUGAAAAAACCUAUUGGAGUCCUUUUCAAGAGCUCUGAAAGUUGGAAGAAAGAUCGGGUUUUCCUGAACCAGUUCGUGUUGGCUUUGGACUCCAUGAACAAUUUUGAGCCCCUUCUCACCCCAAUUUCAGAGGACUUUGUAAAGAAGAUAUACAAGGAGAUUGAGAGGAGUGACCAAGGAAAGUACACUGUGGACCUCAGUCAGGACCUGUUUCGAUUUGCUUUUGAGUCUAUCUGCAACAUUCUCUUUGGGGAGCGUCUGGGGCUCCUGGAAGAGUUUGUGGACCCUGAGGCCCAGAAGUUCAUUGAUGCCGUGUCUACAAUGUUUGAUACCAGUGUUCCCAUGCUGAACCUCCCUCCAGAAUUGUUCCGCAUGGUCAGGGCCAAGACUUGGAGGGACCACGUGGCCUCGUGGGACCUGAUUUUUGAUCGAGCUGAAAGUUAUGUGAAGACCUUCUACCAGGACCAGAAGAUGAGAUCAGAAGUCACUAAGUGUUACCCGGGCAUUCUCUACUGUCUCUUAGACAAGAACACCAUGAAUUUUGAAGAUGUCAAAGCCAAUGUUACCGAGAUGAUGGCAGGAGGAGUAGAUACGACAUCCAUGACCUUGCAGUGGUGCCUGUAUGAAAUGGCUAGGAACCUAAAGGUACAAGAUAUGCUUCGGAAUGAAGUCCUGGCUGCCCGGCGAGAUGCCCAGGGAGAUGUGAAGUUGAUGCUUAAAUCUGUUCCGCUUCUCAAAGCUGCCAUCAAGGAAACCCUGAGGUUACACCCCAUUGCAAUCACCAUACAAAGGUACAUUCCUUCGGAUUUAGUUCUCCAGGAUUACGCCAUCCCUGCUAAAACACUGGUCCAGGUGGCCAUCUUUGCCAUGGGGAAGGAUCCUAACUUCUUCCCCAACCCAGAAAAGUUUGAUCCCUCCAGAUGGUUUCAAGAGAAUACCUACUUCCGGGCUCUGAGCUUUGGUUUUGGCCCUCGGCAGUGCCUCGGACGGAGGAUUGCUGAGUUGGAGAUGACCAUCUUUCUGAUGCAUAUUCUGGAGAAUUUCAGGAUCGAAGUCCACAAGCUUUCAGAAGUGGGGACCACCUUUAAUCUCAUCUUGAUGCCUGACAAGCCCAUCGUGUUCACCUUUCGGCCCUUCAAGCCCCAGCUGUAACACAGAGAGAUAGGACUCCUGUGUAUUAUUAUUAUAGAGAGAGGCUGGGGAUAGCAUCGAGGCAGAGCCAGUCAGAGAUAACAAACCCAACUAGAUAAGGUUAUGGUUUGACUCUGAGCCAAGGGAAUUAUUUGCCUCUUUAUCUACGGUGGGUCUGUGAACUUUUAAAAAUAUAUAUAUAUAUUUGGAGAAUAUGUUUAAGUAUAAUUUGGUUUUUUGAUAAUCCUGAGCAUCUUGUGUAAUUAAAAACAUGAUUCUGAGGAAUCCACAGACUUCCUGAAACUGCCAAAGGGAUUAAAUGACAUAAAAAAGUUAAGGACCUGUGGUCUAUGGAUUAUUCCAUUCUUAUGCCAUAUCUUCCCCAGAGAAAUGUAAAUCUACUAAAGAAGGUAGAUAGGAGUCUUCUUUCUUAUUGGUUUAAAUUGAGAUUUCACUAUAAAAUCUGCUAUCUCCCAUUUUUUGCCUAUUGAAUAUUUGACUGGAAGGAAAACAAUAAAUACUUUGUAUAUACAAA